AUGCCGCCUGGGAAAGCGAAGCUAAAUCUGGGAGACUCGUGGGUAGUAGCGGACGAAGAUGAGAAUCCGGAGUAUUCACCACAUGAUGAUGAAUACAAACCUCCGCCACGCAGAGUUACGCCGCCUCGAAGGUCGACACGAGGGGAGAAUAAGUCGCCUGAACCAGAAUUGGUGAUGCCGUCAUUGGACCUCGACUCUAUGGACGGGUCUUGGGCAGACACGACAAGUAGGAGUGCGAAAUCAAGAGCAGUCCAGUCAGCAGAAAGAGUCCUGGAAGCAAGGAGAAGAAAUACUCGGUUGAAUAACAGCAGUCCAGUAAAACGCACGAGGAUAAAAGAUCCGCCAAAGGGAGCACUGGGAAAUCACGGCGAAACCAGCAACAUCAGAGACAUUGUGGAUGUUGCAGUCGAGCAUUUUAUAACAAUAAUGUCCUGGCUUUUGGAUAUUCUCACGGGCGCCCUCAAAGUCCUGAAGAAACCUCUUUCAUAUUUCCUGGCGGUAUGGCUGCUCUUCGGAAUUGCCGUCAUCGUUAGAAAUCUGGUCACAAACUCAAUCUAUGCUUCGAUGUCGCCGCUUUGUCGGAUACCGGGAGCAUCAUUUCUAAACCUACCAUUCUGCCCCGUCCAUCGAGUCGAUACUUCCCAUGGGUCACCCCCACCAGUCGAAUUCAAUGACUUAAUGGCCGUGCAGGCGAAGUUUGAAGAAGUCCUAGAGGAAAGUGCCGGUGGAGUCUCACUGCCGCUAGACAUGAAGCGCGGCGAAGCAUCAAUUCGAGACCUACGUCAGCUCGUUCGGUAUUCUCAACUGCAUUCCAAAAAUGAGUUGGUUCUUGAGUUCGACGGCUUUAUUGAGACUGCUCGAAUAGCUUCAUAUGACUUGCAGAAAUUCAAUAGCCAUGUGGGUCGAGCGGUCGACAGCGUUAUUGCAACCACACGGUGGACUACCAGGGUCCUUGAUGGCAUUCAAGAGCGAGAUGGUUCAAGAGGAGCUAUCAACGCUUUUAUCAACGACAAACUAUUCGCCCCCUUCCAGCCUGUGAAGUUUACCGAGAGCGUCUUACUUGAUCAGUAUAUUCAACACACACGAAUCGUAGAGGAGGAAAUCAACAAGUUAAUCAACGAAGCACAGGCCAUCCUCAUGGUUCUCACUAACCUUGAAGACCGCCUUGAUGUGAUUUACGGAAUCGCCACCAGAGACGAUAUGCACACUAAAGCAUUGAAAGAAGAGAUAUUGGCAGAGCUGUGGACCAUGGUUGGCGGAAAUCGAGGCAAGAUCAAUAAGAUGGACAAGAAACUAAACUUGCUGCAACAAGUUGCCAUUUACCGAAAGACGGCAUACGCCCAUGUUUCCGGCACGAUUAUCCGUUUGCAAGCUAUGGGAGCUGGCUUGGAGGACUUGCGCGAACGUGUUGGCUCUCCAGAGCUGCUGCGCGAUCGAAUCGACAUCCCUCUUUCGGUGCAUAUUGAGAAUAUCAACAAGGGAGUUGAGAGAUUGGAGGAGAGCCGACUUAAUGCGAGAAAACUAGAGGACGAACAUCUCCGAAGGACUCUUGAGCGUGGGCGUCUCGAAGGGACGAUGAUCGAUGGAUGA